UAACCCUGCAGGUUUUGGUGAUCCCAAAGACCACAUGGUGGGGGGCAUAGUCAGCUUUGUAGGCUGGAUGAGUCCCCAGCUGUGCCCGGCUUCAGCUUCUGAUCACCUGCUCUGUCUCUGUUUCUCUGUUCCAACAGUGGCCAUUGUCUCAGAGGAUGACUUUCAUCACAGUUCAAACUCCACCUACAGAACCACAAGCAGCUCUCUCCGUGCUGACCAGGAAGCGCUGCUUGGGAAGCUGCUGGACCACCCGCCGCCACCCAGCCUGCAGAGGCCCGAAGACCGCUUCAAUGGUGCCUACAUCAUCUUCUUCAGCCUGGGCAUUGGUGGCCUACUGCCAUGGAAUUUCUUUGUCACUGCCAAGGAGUACUGGAUAUUCAAACUCCGCAACUGCUCCAGCCCAGCCCCCGGGGAGGAACCUGAGGACUCAGACAUCCUGAACUACCUUGAGAGCUACCUUUCCAUCGCCUCCACCGUGCCCUCCGUGCUGUGCCUCAUGGCGAACUUCCUGCUUGUCAACAGAGUUUCGACUCAUGUCCGUGUCCUGGCCUCGCUGACUAUCAUGCUGACCAUCUUCGUGGUGAUGACCGUGCUGGUGAAGGUGGACACCUCCUCUUGGACCCACGGCUUCUUUGCUGUUACCAUCACCUGCAUGGCGAUCCUCAGCGGCACCGCCACCAUCUUUAAUAGCAGCGUCUUUGGCAUGACAGGCUCCUUCCCUAUGAGGAAUUCCCAAGCACUGAUAUCAGGAGGAGCCAUGGGUGGCACCAUCAGUGCCCUGGCCGCCUUGGUGGACCUGGCAUUGUCCAGUAACGUGACGGACAGCGCGCUGGCCUUCUUCCUGACUGCAGACGUCUUCCUCGGGCUCUGUGUUGGGCUCUACCUGCUGCUGCCCCGUCUGGAGUAUAGCAGGUACUACAUGAGGUCUGUUUGGCCAGCCCACGUGUUUUCUGGUGAAGGGCAGGUGCCCCAGGACUCCCUCAAUGCCCCUUUGGUGGCUCCUGGGUCCAACUGUUCCCCGACACCACCCCUUCGCCCCAUCCUGAAGAAGACGGCUGGCCUGGGCUUCUGCAUCAUCUACCUCCUUUUCAUCACCAGCAUCAUCUUCCCCUCCAUCUCUACCAACAUUGUGUCCCUCGACAAGGACUCAGGCUCACCGUGGACCACUAAGUUCUUCAUUCCCCUCACUGCCUUCCUCCUGUACAACUUUGCCGACCUCUGUGGCCGGCAGAUCACAGCCUGGAUCCAGGUGCCAGGGCCCAGAAGUAAGGUGCUCCCCGGGCUGGUGCUGCUCCGGACUGGCCUCGUCCCGCUUUUUGUGUUCUGCAACUACCAGCCCCGAGUCCACCUGCAGACAGUGGUCUUCCUAUCUGACAUCUAUCCCAUACUGUUCAGCUCCCUGCUGGGGUUCAGCAAUGGCUACCUUAGCACCCUGGCCCUCAUCUAUGGGCCUAAGAUUGUGUCCAGGGAGCUGGCUGAGGCCACAGGCGUGGUAAUGUCUUUUUACAUGUGCUUGGGCUUGGUAUUUGGCUCAGCCUGCUCUGCCCUGCUCGUGCACCUCAUCUAGGAUGGAGCGAUGGCAAGAGCAUCAGUGCUGUGCCAUGCUUGGGAUCUCGGCGAGAUGGGCAGGACAUGCCAGGAGGGCUGGAUUUGGGCUCAGUGCUGAGAACAGAGCACACCUGUGCCUGAUCUCUCCCCAAGGAGCUGGAGACCUGUGCUGUUCCCAUGUCAGGCAGAGACAUUCCAGACACUUUAACGGAACAUUCUCGAAACUUUUGAAGAAGACCGAAAGACACCUGAAUAAGACACAGUUACACGGUCACAAAGUGAGGAAUCACUUUCCUAGAUGAUGGUUACAUUCCGCCUUUCUUUAUAGCCUCUUAGGGACUAUGUUGCCAGUGUUCAACUCACUUAAGAGGUGCGCACCAAAAUCCAGCUUUGCUGUUUUCAGCCAACAGCAAGCUGUGAGAAUUCUCAGCCUUCCCUAACCAGAGUGGUCUCCCUGGAAUUGGAGGCCCCCUGAGAUGGCCCGUCCUCAGGCUCAAGACCUAAGCCUAUGCAGACCCCUGCUUUCUGUGGGUGAGAGAGCAUCUACCAGCCAGACUGGGAACCCCAGAAAGACAGGCUUUCCAGGAACCCUUCAUUCCCUAAACUUGAACUCUGGAGAGCCUCCCCAUACCAGAGACUAAGCGUGUCAGGCCUGGUUUUCAAACAGGGAUCUUUAAAGUGGUCUAUGGCCUGGGUCAGGGCUGGGUCUUUCAGUGUCAAUGUUUACAACAUGGUCAUUGGUUCAAGGACAUAUUAAACACCUGGACAUUUAAUGAA